GGUCCCGGGGGGGAAGCAGGAAGUGCAGGACAGAGGGGUCCUAACGGCUCCUCUGGACAUGAUGGGCCCAAUGGACCAACUGGAGACAGGGGGCCUCAAGGGCCACAAGGACGGAACGGGGAAUCAGGACCCAAGGGACCGAACGGUCCAGCGGGGAAAGAUGGACUUCCGGGUCAUCCAGGUCAGAGAGGAGAGCCGGGUUUCCAAGGAAAGACGGGACCCCCAGGUCCAGGAGGUGUUGUGGGGCCACAGACAGAGGUCACCCCGGGUCACCUGGCGUACCGGGAGAGCAGGGCUUACCUGGCACCGCCGGAAGGAGGGAGCUAAGGGCGACCCGGGCACAGGAGGGACUUCUGGGAAAGCUGGUCCUCCAGGACUUAGGGGCUUCAGAGGCAGCAGAGGGGCUGCCGGGGGCAUGGGUCCUGCUGGUCUGAAAGGAGGUGAAGGACCAGUCGGAGCAGCAGGAGCUAUAGGGGCCGGUGGUGAGAGGGGUCCCCCAGGGUCAGCCGGUGCCAUUGGUCAGCCUGGGAGGGCAGGGGCUGUGGGUGGACCUGGACCAAUGGGAGAGAAGGGGGAACCGGGAGGGGCGGGUCCUAUUGGACCAUCAGGACAGGAUGGAGACCAGGGACCUCUAGGACUACCUGGAGCUGCAGGCCCUGCAGGACCCCCAGGAGAGGAUGGGGAUAAGGGAGAGACUGGAGGACCAGGGCAGAAGGGCAGCAAAGGAGACAAAGGAGAAUCAGGCCCCUCAGGACCAACCGGUGGCCAGGGGCCGAUGGGGCAGUCAGGAGUUCCUGGUGUGGAUGGGGAGUCAGGUCCCAGGGGACAGCAGGGAAUGUACGGGGCCAAGGGAGACGAGGGUCUCCGGGGUUUCAAGGGCUCCAAAGGACCCAUCGGACUACAGGGGAUGCCUGGUCUACCAGGAGAGAAGGGGGAGAGCGGACACAUCGGCUUGAUGCCUACUGAUUCAGAUACAGAAACUAUAUAG